GCGCACACUGCGCAUGCGGCGGUUGCUGGUCUGUAGCACCAUGGCGGCUUCUUCGAGUGGGGAGAGGGAGAAGGAGAGGCUGGGGUGCUUUUCGGGGCUGGCAGGCGGCGGCAGCACGCGGGAUCGGCUGCUGUCCGCGUUGGAAGAUCUGGAGGUCUUGUCGAGGGAACUUAUAGAAAUGCUGGCAAUUUCAAGAAACCAGAAGUUGUUGCAGUCUGAAGAGGAAAACCAGGUCCUGGAGUUGCUAAUUCACCGAGAUGGGGAAUUUCAAGAAUUAAUGAAAUUGGCACUUAAUCAGGGGAAAAUCCAUCAUGAAAUGCAAGUUUUAGAGAAGGAAGUGGAGAAGAGAGACAGUGAUAUCCAGCAGCUGCAGAAACAACUAAAAGAGGCAGAACAAAUACUGGCAACAGCUGUUUACCAAGCAAAGGAGAAACUCAAGUCAAUAGAGAAAGCAAGAAAAGGUGCUAUCUCCUCUGAAGAAAUCAUUAAAUAUGCACAUAGGAUCAGUGCAAGCAAUGCUGUGUGUGCACCACUGACCUGGGUUCCAGGGGACCCACGGAGGCCGUACCCAACGGAUUUAGAGAUGAGAAGUGGAUUGUUGGGUCAGAUGAACAACCCUUCCACAAAUGGUGUAAACGGUCAUCUGCCAGGAGAUGCCCUUGCAGCAGGUAGACUGCCAGAUGUCCUUGCUCCUCAGUAUCCGUGGCAGUCAAAUGACAUGUCCAUGAAUAUGUUGCCACCAAAUCACAGCAAUGACUUUCUACUGGAACCUCCUGGGCAUAAUAAAGAAAAUGAAGACGAUGUCGAGGUUAUGUCAACAGACUCUUCUAGCAGCAGUAGUGAUUCGGAUUAAACAAGAUGCAGCUUAGAGGAGCAAGUGCUACAGAGCUCUGCUAACAGGGAAAUACAAAGCGCUGAGCCCUAAGGAAUAGUCAUGAAAAUGCUGGCUAUGGUGGAAUUGUGCAGCCCAUUAGAAAUCAAACUGGAUUUUCUUUUUAAAGCCCCAAACCAUGGUUUUUAUAUCUUCUGCACUAGGCAAAUGUUUGGAGAUUAGUCAGAAAUUACUGUUGGAAAAAAGGUUUUUUCAUUAAGUCUAGUGCUGUGUCCUGGUUGUGCUGGAUUUGUGCAUAGUAGUUCCAAAAUAAGACUGGAGGGAAAUGACCCAUGUACAUGUCACUAAUGGGCUUCCAGGGAUUAUUUAGAAAAGCAUUUCUAACAGGCCGCUAGCCUGGGUGUGGUGGCUCACACCUGUCAUUCCAGCACCUGGGAGGCUGAGAGAAUUGCUGAGAGUUUCAGGCCAGUAGUGAACUCUAAACCGCUGGGGUUGCAGAUUGUUCUGUCUCAAGAAAAAGACAACAGAUUUUGAAUAUGUCUCAUUUCAGAGUGAAAAAUGCUCAUUUGAAAGUGAGGUCUCCUGACUUCCAUAUCAGUUACAGAAGAACUUGUACUAUUUAUGCUGUUGUAAAUAUUUUAAUGUUUGUAAAUAAACUUGCUUUUGUUUGUA